UCGAGUUUCCGACGUGGUCCGAUGCGUUGAGUGGCGAUUUCACGUGCCCUCUUUCCAUUGAUGUGCCAUAGAUCCUCCUCCGCAUUUCUCCUUCUACAAUAUUUUACGUGCUUGCAUGACCUCGAUCAAAUCGUUCUUUUGCCGGAUCCAUUCGCAAACUUCCGUGUAGAAUGCAAAAUGUACUCUAGUCGGAAGAGACGACGGGGAAAUAUACCCUCGGAGUUUCACGGAGUGACGCCUCUACGAUUGAUUCGCUUUCUCCUUCUCCCCUCACAAAUCCCAUCUCGUGAGUUCGACAUCGGCGAGAGUCGAUGGAGUCGUCGCCUUUUAGUUAGAUGAUUCUUCUAUCAUGCUGACUUCACGAUCCGCUUUAGAAUCUUCUGUCAGGAGGUCGGUUUUCCCUCCACAUAUUCGCGACAUGAACGGAGAGGAAAGGGACCGGAAGCAAUGCACAACAGGGAGACAAACCACUCACGAAGAGCUGAGUAAUGAGUUGCAAGUCAAAUCAACUGGCUCUUGGGCAGUUAUGGCACUCUCAGGUAUGGGGAAUGAAAAAUCAUAAUGCGAGCCUUUUCGUCACAUGUCUUACAGCUUGUACAUCUAGCUGUUUUGUAAUCAAUCUUCUCUCAGGUCCGUAUUUGGUUCAUAGAGAAAUGAUUACAUUUGUGUGGGCAUAAUAUACUCGUAAUCUCUGGUCACCCCAUCAGUGUAGAACAAAAUCAUGAGAAUUCCCAUGUGACUUCGCCCCAUACCAUCAUGUGAGCGAUACAGUAGCAGCUUUCAUGUAAUUUUGUACCGUUCUGAGCUACCAAUCGUUGGCCCUCGUAUUUUGGAAAGUACGGCACGUAUCUUCACUCCUUUGAAGGAGACCAGUGACAUACAGUGAGUACAUUUAUUUCGCAGUAAGCUUUUCCAUACCGAUGUUUGACUUUCUCCCAUUCAUGAUCAUUUGCAGCACACAUUGUUCUGAAAUGAAAAGAUUAUUACGUCAACCCACUCCAAUUAUUUGUGACUUUAAUGUACCAUAUUACAGGGGCUAGCCCUUGGUUUUGUUGUUUGUUGGG